UGUUAUUGGCGGAAAAUAACGUGUUGAACAACAAGUGGUCUUCAUUUUAAAAUCAUUUAUCAUAACAGUUUCGAUAAAUUAUUUCAUACUAAAGGAUUAUUUCUAAAUUAGCUACUGUGUUAAUUUAUUUUGCAAAGUUUCGUGUUCCUUCUCACAUCUUGUGAACAUGUCUGAAAAAGUGGUUGUAAUUGGAAGUGGAGGAAGGGAACAUGCAAUAAUUUGGAAGAUUUCACAAAGUAAUCUCGUGAAAAGAAUUUACGCUAUACCUGGAAGCUACGCGAUUGAAAAAAUAGAAAAAACGGAGAAUGUUUCAAUCGAUGUGAAUAAAUUUGAGGAUAUCGAAACAUUCUGUAAAAGAAAUGAGGUAGCCGUAGUGAUUGUUGGGCCAGAAGAUCCUCUAGCUAAAGGCAUUGCUGAUUUUCUGAAGAAAUCCAACAUAAAAGUGUUCGGUCCUUGUAAAAAUGCAGCACGUUUGGAAUCAGAUAAGAGUUGGGCUAAAAGUUUUUUCGAUAAACACGAUAUACCCACAGCUAGAUGGAAAUCUUUCAACGAUCCAACAGAGGCCAAAAAGUUCAUAAUGGAAGCACCGUUUCCUGCACUUGUUGUGAAGGCAAGUGGUUUGGCUGCUGGAAAAGGGGUUAUUGUUGCUUCCAAUAAAAAACAGGCCUGUGACGCUGUGGAUGAAAUUUUGGGAGAAAAAAAAUUUGGAUCCGCUGGUGAAACUGUGGUUAUAGAGGAACUUUUAGAAGGAGAAGAAAUAUCGGUUUUAGCUUUUACUGACGGUACAACAGUUAAAGCUAUGCAACCUGCACAGGAUCAUAAGCGAAUAUUCGAUAACGACAAAGGGCCUAAUACAGGAGGAAUGGGAGCAUAUUGUCCAUGCCCCUUGUUGAACGAAGAUCAGGUUGAAUUUGUGCAAAAAAAUAUUCUCGAGAAGACAGUUGAAGGUUUUAGAAAAGACAAUAUACCAUAUAUUGGUGUCUUGUACGCCGGAUUAAUGAUAACCAAUGAUGGCAUUAAAAUUCUCGAGUACAAUUGUAGGUUUGGAGAUCCGGAAACAGAAGUUAUUCUACCAUUGCUGGAAUCUGACUUGUAUUCUAUAAUAUCUAGUUGUUGUAAUGGAUCGCUUCAUCGGAUGGAAAUAAAAUGGAAGACGGAAUUAAAAGCCGUUGGGGUUGUUAUGGCCUCCUGUGGAUAUCCCGCAACUUCAACGAAAGGCGAAAUAAUAACAGGAGUGGAAGAAGUAGAACGAAAAAAUAACUUCGUAGUUUUUCAUUGUGGUACUGCAUUCAAAGAUGGUAAUUUAGUGACAAAUGGUGGCAGAGUGUUGAUAGUGGUUUCUUUGGCUAACCAACUUGCUAAGGCUGCUGCUGAUGCAACUCAAGCUUGCAAACUUAUCAAAUUCGAUGGAAGUCAAUAUAGAAAAGACAUUGCUCUGAAAGGUAUUUCUAGGUCAAUUUUAACAUCAGGAAAGUUAUCCUACAAGCAAUGUGGAGUGGAUAUAACUGCUGGAAAUGAUCUGGUUUCUCAUAUAAAGCCCAAGGCAAAAGAAACUCAACGUCCUGGUGUUAUGGGAAGUAUUGGCGGAUUUGGGGGUCUUUUCGAUACAAAAGCUGCAGGAUUCAAGGAUCCUCUACUAGUUUCAGGUACCGAUGGAGUUGGAACAAAGUUGAAGAUUGCUCAGGAAGUCGGAAUACAUGAUACCAUUGGAAUUGAUCUUGUAGCAAUGUGUGUGAAUGACGUACUAGCACAUGGAGCCGAGCCCUUAUUCUUUCUAGAUUACUUCGCUUGUGGUCAUUUGGAUGUUAAUGUGGCGAAGGAUGUGGUAUCCGGUGUUGCAGAAGGAUGCCUCAGAGCUGGAUGCUCUCUGAUUGGAGGAGAAACGGCAGAAAUGCCUGAUAUUUAUCCUGUUGGGGAGUACGAUGUUGCUGGUUUCGCCGUAGGAGCAGUUGAAAGGUCUAAUUUACUUCCUCGCGUGUCGGACAUUAGGGAAGGUGAUAUUAUAAUAGGCCUUCCAUCGUCUGGAGUACACAGUAAUGGAUUCAGUUUGGUAAGGAAAGUGAUGAAAUUAGCAGGAGCAACAUACCACAGUAUAUGUCCAUUUAGUGAUUCUGGAAAAACAUUUGGAGAAGAAUUAUUGACUCCAACUAAAAUUUAUGUAAAAUCUGUAGUUCCAUUAAUAAAAUCCGAAAAGAUCAAGGCUUUUGCACAUAUAACUGGAGGAGGAUUACUAGAAAAUAUCCCAAGGAUCCUCCCAUCACAUCUUGCGGUUAGAUUGAAUGCAAGAAAAUGGACCAUACCAAAGGUGUUUGCGUGGUUAUCAGUAAUGGGAGGUGUAAAUGAGUUUGAGCUUUUGAGGACAUUGAACUGUGGAAUAGGUGGUAUUUUGGUAGUGAGAAAAGAGGACAGUGAAGAAAUAAUUGAUCAUUUGAAACAAGAUGGAGGUACAAUUAUUGGAGAAGUAAUGGCGUGCAAAGAAGAACAACAGGUGAUAAUUGAACAUUUUUCUGAAGAAAUAGAGAAAUCUAUGAAGUCUUUCAUUCCCACUCUUAUGGAGAAGCAAUUUAUUCAGAAGAAACGUGUCGGUGUUCUAAUUUCUGGUAGUGGUACUAAUCUUCAAGCUCUUAUUGAUGCCACUCUGGACUCGUCACAAAAUAUAGGCGCUGAUAUUGUUUUAGUUAUAUCUAAUAAGGACAAUGUUGAAGGUUUGAAAAGAGCAAAUCGAGCCGGCAUACAAACAAAGGUGAUAAGCCAUCGGAACUAUUCGUGUAGAGAAGAUUAUGAUCGAAAAUUAGAUGAUGAACUAAGAUCCGCUGGAGUGGAAUUAAUCUGUUUAGCAGGAUUCAUGAGGAUUUUGAGUGCAGAAUUCAUUAAAAAAUGGAAAGGAAAACUUAUUAAUAUCCACCCAGCUCUCCUUCCAUCCUUCAAAGGAACACAUGCGCAAAGGCAAGCAAUCGAAGCUAAGGUUAAAAUAAGUGGAUGCACAGCUCAUUUUGUUGAUGAGGGCGUGGAUACAGGCGCUAUAAUAGCCCAAGAGGCUGUACCGGUUGAAAUUGAUGAUACAGAAGAAACUUUAACUGAAAGGAUUAAGAUGGCUGAACAUAAAAUUUUUCCUUACGCUCUUCAGAUGGUUGCUUCUGGAAAAGUAAAACUUGGUGAUAAUAACAGGACAAUCUGGGUACCAACGUGAAUAGUGGAAUGAAAAUAUUUCAUCUUUUUAUAUGAUAUCAAUAAAUAAUAAAAUGUU